AUGUUUAUGUUACCGUUAGUCAUCAGUUUAGUAACUCAGAUCAGAAUCAGGCGGCAACCCAUGAAUCCAAUACUGAAUCUUUUGAUGGAAAACAAUGGUAGUAGCAGUAGCAGCAGCAGCAGUAGCAGUAGUAGCAGUGACAGUAGUACAGAAUUUUCAACAGAUGAUGAUGAAUAUAAUCAUGACAUUUUGUUUCCAAUUGUUCAAAUACUGCUAGCUGGUCGUAAAAGACAUCGAGUGGAUAAUUACAUCGACGUUGUACAUAGCCUGACGGAUGCAGAAUUCAAAGAACACUUCAGAUUACAUCGUAAUAUUGCAAUGACAUUAAUCGAUGAACUUGCAGAAAGCGGAAUUCUGCCAUCACAUUCAUUUGGUCGACCAAAGAUAACCGCAGAAUGGAGUUUACUUAUAACACUAUGGUUUCUUGGUAACACUGAACCAUAUCGUACUUUAUCAGACAGAUUUAAUGUAUCUAUAUCAUCGAUAUUUCGAGUUAUUCGGCGAGUGAUUAGUUGGAUUCAAACCAAAUUAGAUGAUAUAAUCAAGUGGCCAGAAGGAGAAUCAUUAAUUGCAGUAGCUCAAGGCUUUCAAAAUAAGAGAGGAAUUCCAAAUUGUAUUGGGGCAAUAGAUGGUUCACAUAUCAUUGUAUCACAGCCAAAAGAAAACACUGCUGAUUACUGUAACAGAAAAAAACAUUAUUCGAUAAUAUUACAAGCAGUUGUUACAUCCAAUAUGCGAUUUACAAAUAUUUAUUGUGGUGAGCCUGGAUNACUUCACGAUGCUAGAGUAUUACGGCGGUCAAGUCUUUAUUGGGAAUCAGAAAAUAAUAGAAACAGACUAUUCCCAAACAGAACAUUUAUAUUAGGUGACUCUGCAUAUCCAUCCUUAUCUUGGUUAGUACCACCGUUUAAAAAUAAUGGUCACCUCACAGCACAACAAAUUGAAUUUAAUUUUAUACAUUCAUCUACGCGCAUGGCAGUAGAAAGAGCUUUCGGUGUUCUAAAAGGACGUUUUAGGCGUUUAAAAUUUUUUAACGAAUAUCAAGAUAUCNAAUUUGUAGUUGAAAUAGCUGUAGCAAGUUGUAUUUUACACAAUAUAUGCAUUGAUGCUUUUGAUGAUGGUAUGGAUUUAUAUGAUGAAGAUAACGGUUCAGAUAUUAAUAUAGAUAUAAGAGAAAAUAAUGAAAAUGAAAAAUAA